AAGUGACAAGUGCAUCGUUUACUAGUGCGAAAUAGUUAUUUAAGUAAAGAUUACCGGAUACCGUCAAAGACGAGGCAGUUGCUGACGCAUCAAUGAUAAAACCAUAUUGAAGAUGAAGUUGCCAGUCGAUUCUGUUAAAUAUUCAAAAGUGGUAACCCGUGUGAAAUCAUGGUUAAACCCAAAGAGCUUCACAGCGAAGCGACUGAGAGGUCUACUGACGGGUAUAACUAUCACAACCACUCUUGGUGAGGUGUGCGGCUACAAGCUCAUGCAGCAGGACAUCCGAGCUGGGCACCUGCCGGCAUAUACCACUGAUGUGGCAAUAAUAUUGUUCGCAUUUUUCGAAGCGCUAGUGGCGCCGUUCAUUUCCUGGUGGGGCUUCAGAAAUCGACGUACGCUGCUGAUCGCCUAUUCGACCGCUGCAACUCUGUGCGUUGUCCCAUGGUUCUUUAUGCCUGGAUAUGAGAAAAGGGAAGAAUCACAGUUCUGCAAUGCUUCCAACAGUUCCGUCGCGUCCCUCGGUGUUCCACCGCGCACAGCCAUGAGGCUGGUCCUCAUCAUCGCCAGUUGCGUAACUUUCUCGAUGACCCGCGUCGCUUGCUGGAGUCACGGCAUCGCUUACUCGGACGAGUACGCGCCCGAGAGGACUAGCGUGCAUUAUGGUGUACUUCUGCUGGCUAGAACAGUGCCAAUUAUCCUUGGCUACAGGCUGCUGACCGGCGGCGUAGAUAAAAACAUGACGAUGCAAUGCGUGGGCUUGCUGGUGGGCUUCGGCUCCAACGUGGUGCAGCUGUUCUUUAUCGUGCCCAGAACCGCUCCCAUUGUGAAGGGUGUUCAGAAGACAGCAUUGCUUGACGAAAGAAGAAAUUUCCUAACGAGUGUUGGUCGCGUAUGUUCCGCGCCCUUGGUAAACUUGCAAAUAUUUGCCAUGGGUCUGUUGGCGGCGGCGCUUUUCGGAUAUGUCUAUAAUGAGAUCGAUGUCGUAAAGGUGAAAUUCAAUUUGGUUCCCGAAGGAAAUGUGACAGUAAACUUUGAAGAAUUAUUACAAUACUUUUUCCUGAUGUUUAUUAUAGCGUUCGCGGGAAAUCUAUUCUCUAAGCCGAUUCUAAAGGAGUUUCGCGCCGCAGACGCGAUGAGACAGAUCAUCAAGACGACAAUCUUCGCGAUCUUAGCUUACGUGGUUAUGACGAUAUUGGUGCGCUGCGAUCAAGGUUACGUCGCCGGACUGUCUAACGAUCUAUAUGGAAAUCCUGAAUGCAGCCUUUCUUGCGGGUGCAAGCCUCGCCUGCGGGAGUUCGAGCCAGUGUGCGUGGUAGACGACAUGGUCACCUACGUGUCACCGUGCCAGGCGGGCUGCGGAGGCGAGGAGUUCCUGCACGGGAUCAGGGCUUACACCAACUGCACGUGUUCUGGCAGCGGGCGCGCUGUGGUCGGUGCUUGCAGCGACAUCCUCUGCAAGCAAGCCCGUCGGCUGCACAGCAUGCUUCUGAUCGUAGCCGUUACUUUUACACUGUUAUCCCUUCAAGCACAAGGAGUCCUACUUCUCCGGACAGUGGACCCUCGGGAUAAGUCAGUUGUGUUGGGAAUGGCUUGGUCGAUAGUCACGCUGAUGACUUUUGUGUGCGGGCACAUGUUAUUCAUUGGUAUAAGAGAGGGCGCCUGCAGCUGGUUCGAAGCUGACCGGUGCCACCUGCAAGCCCAAAACUAUCCGUACUAUGUCGGAGGCACCAGCGUCUUCCUGGCUGUUACAUCGCUCCUCAUCAGCGUCAUCUCGGCUUUCUACAUACGCAAGGCGAACAAAAACGAGCGAGAGAACACUAGAUUAUAGACAUUUGGACGUACUGGUUAUACGAUAAGAAACCAAUACAAAUUACUGCCUUAGUUAGCAGACCCUUUUUUGGCGUGGUGGAAAUGCUUUAUUG